UUCAUUAUACCCCUUAUCCUCUUCUCAAUCUCUCAUGUGUUGUGAAAUUCUAAUGUCCUAAAAAAACUCUUAUCUAUGCCUAUGUCUCUGUCUCUGUCAACCGUGCCUGCGUUCAAUUCUCUCACAAUGGCUGAAUCCUGCCUCCUAUCUCUCCCUUCCCUCUUCUACGCCAAAAACAAAACCCUUUCUCUCUCAAUUCCCACUAAUCCUCUCAACCUGCAAUUCCCAUGCUCAAACUCUUCUCUUUUUCCCCUCACCACCAAGACAACGCGCCACUCUUCUCUCCUCACAUUCGUGGCUCAGACAUCUGGUUGGGCCAAAGAAGGGGAGGAGGAAGAAGCCGCGUGGGAGAACCAAGGCGACACUGCGUGGGGAACUGAAGAAGGUGGCGAUGAUAUAGAAGAUGGCGGCGAAGGGGGUUUCGCUGAAGAAGAAGCUGAAGAAGUUAAGAUCUUCGUUGGGAACCUGCCUUUCGACUUCGACAGCGAGAAAUUGGCCUCGCUUUUCGAACAGGCUGGCACCGUUGAGGUUGCUGAGGUUAUAUAUAAUAGGGCCACUGACCGGAGUCGCGGGUUCGGAUUUGUUACCAUGAGUACAAUCGAAGAGCUUGAGAAGGCUGUCAAGAUGUUCAGUGGUUAUGAACUAAAUGGAAGAGUGUUGACUGUUAAUAAGGCUGCUCCAAAAGGAGCACAGCCUGAACGCCCACCGCGCCCACCACAAUCCUUUAGAGUCUAUGUUGGCAACUUGCCAUGGGAUGUUGACAAUUCUCGGCUGGAGCAAAUUUUCAGUGAACAUGGUAAGGUUGAGGAUGCUCGGGUGGUCUAUGACAGAGAGACUGGUCGAUCACGUGGUUUUGGCUUUGUCACGAUGUCCAGUGAGACUGAUAUGAAUGAUGCAAUUGCUGCCCUUGAUGGUCAGAGUUUGGAUGGGAGGGCAAUCAGAGUGAAUGUUGCAGCCCAAAGGCCUAAACCUAGCUCGUUUUGAGUGGUAACUUGAGUGAUCUUCCAAGUCCGGCUGAUUGAGUUUCCUUUUAAUGGCUAAGUAUACAGUGGCGUUUUUUGUAUCUUCUUUGGGAGCUGGUUUCAGAUUAGAUUUGCAAGUUGUAAUGUUAUUAAUUUUGUGUCCAGAUGAAAAUGAUUUAAGUUACUAUUCCUUUUCUAGGGAUUUUGAAGAAAGUCUUGAUUUUUUUAACCAUUUUGUUUGCUAAUGUUGCACGAAAAUAUAGAUAUUGUCUUUUAGCUUAAAUCUUCUGGUGCAUUAUCUGGCUACUUAAAUGGCACGGAAGUUCAAAUGAACAAGUCUCCAAACUU